GAUGUGUUCACUUCGCCAGUCUAGCUACAAAAUAAAUAUUAUUUUGGACCGAAACAUCGGCAUCCCACCAGAAGUUGCAUCAAAUACGUAGCUACUUUUUCGGCACAGGUGAAACUUUUAUGUUUAUCUUUAUUUUGGAUGGAUUUACUGAUAGAUACGUUUCCGUGCCAGCAUUAGCUAUCUAACGUUUACUGUAUGUUUUGCUAGCUCUGGUAAAGUUAACGUUAGCUUGCAGUGCUAGCUAACCUCAUAUAGGAAUGUAUAUGUUAGCUAGCUAGUUGCAGCCUGUCUUUCUUUACAAGCUAGCAAAGACUGCUCUGCCUGUAACUGGCAGCUAACUAGCCAACUAACGUUAGUUCGCUAACUUCGUUGGGAGAAGCUGGAGAAAUUGGCUUGUUAGUAACGUUAGUUAUCUAGCUGGCUGGCUUGAAUGUUAUUACUAAACACAAUUCGGCCGGAUCCUGGCUAACAUUAUUGCUGUAUGUCCUGCUAUCUCUAUCUGACAUUGUGUUCACGAUUUGACAUAUGUAAUCUGUCAUCAUAGCUAGUGCUAGCUAACUGAGUCAUCAGGUCAUAAAAAACGAGAAGUUGGAAUGAGGGAUAUUAGCUAGAUUAGUAGCUAGUCAGCACAGGUGUAGCAUAGAAGUGAUCCCCUGCCCUGAAUAAGCCCUCUCAUGAGUAUAGUGUGUGAUGAUCUAGCUAGCAGCACACUCUGCACUGAUCCUGUUGGAUGACUGUCUGAAUAAUUCAUUGCCUGUGCUGUCCCAGAUAGGCUUACACUUUUUUCACUCCUAGAAAAAACAAGGAAGAACAGUGUCCUCCACUUCACAGCCCUACUUUGCAGGAGAUCAAGAUUAGGCUAUUUGUCAAUGUCAAUAUAAUUGUUCUGUUUGAGUGACCUGGUUGCAGUGCAUGUUAUCAUGAGGAGUGUCCCCUUUCACAUCGGAGUCUGAACUCUGAAUCUCUCUAUUGAUGUCUUGCAGGUUUUCCAGGUCAUGAUGGAACAGAGCAGUUUUUUCCCACAGUGAGAGGGAAGAAGCAGUCCUUUUCUGUUUGUGGCUGAAGUUUGGAAUUUGUCCGGCUCAGAGGGAGGCCGAGACUGUGGCCUGGAGCUUCUGCAAGAGGAGGGGAAGGAGGGAGGAGAAUGGAACGAGCCCACAGUUUGCUCCUGAACGAGGAGGCAUGCAGCCAUCUGGGAGAACACCAGAGAGCUGAGUUUGUCUUUGAGUGGCUGCGUUUCCUGAAGAAGUUGCUCCCUGCUGCAGACAGGGUGAGAGGAGAGGAGGAGGGGAAUAGGGAAAAGAGGAGAGAGCCCAGUGGGCGCUUGCAGACAAUGGCCUCCCCUGUGACAGACAGAGCUUGGUGCAUUCCCAAGCAGAGUCAGACCAGAAGAGAGCCAUUUGAGCAGGCUGAGAUUAGCCCAGUGCUUUCUUCUGGGGCCGUCUCUUUCAGCAUGAUGCCAGUCAGUCUGUCUUUCUGGGACUGAUUAAAGCAGUGAGUGCUGUAAAGGCUAAAUCAUGGUCUGCUCUGCUGGUUCCAUGUCAUGAAGAAAAAAUUAACUACAGAUGAAAUGUUGAUGUGAUUUGUAUUGCCAGUAGCCACCAUCAUUUAGCAAAUAGUGUCCACAAGUUUAGUUGACUCUGGGGAAGUAGAUAAAGGGCCUCAUUGCUAAAAUCCCGAAGUAUCCCUUUAAUAAACAAGAGUUGCUCAUCAUGCAAUAAUGUUAAUUUAUGAAUGAUGCUUUUGUUUAUGCAAGUCAUGUUGAAAAUUAGUGCUGCCUGACUGUGAGAUCUGUUUUAUGUAGUUACUGUCAUCUAUGUCAUGUUGUCAAUAAAUGUUAAUGGUUUCAUGUUGACUUUAACUCUGUGCUCUUGAAUGCAAGACAAAUCCCUGUGAAAGGCCAAAUAAAUUAACUGAACUGAGUCUAUUUUCUCCCAGGCGGAUGUGAAGAAGAACCAGAAGCGUCUGGUCGAACAGUUGACUGUGAUUCUGAUUGGUUCUCCGGGCCCCCCAACCCGCUGGCUCCUAGCCCAUUGCCUGGCCCUGCUCUACAGGGUGGGAGACUCACUCACCUCCAGCCUCACUGUGGACAGGUGCAAUGACAUCAUCCGCAGCAAGGACGACUCUCCCAGCUACCUGCCAACCCGACUGUAAGUAGCCUACUGCAGCUGAAAUCCCCUUCAGUUAUAGAGGGAUGAUGGUGCAUAUCAAUUAUCAGACUGAUUACUCAUUAAUGAUUAUAAUGUGUGUUACUCAUGAUGAUACCUUAACGCUUCUAUUACAUUCCAUGUAUAAAUGGUUGUUGAAAUCAAUCUUAUUAUGAUUAACUACCGUUCCUCCAAAGUGGCUAAAUUCAUACAGUAGCAUUACACUGGUACAGUGAGGGGAAAAAAGUAUUUGAUCCCCUGCUGAUUUUGUACGUUUGCCCACUGACAAAGACAUGAUCAGUCUAUAAUUUUAAUGGUAGGUUUAUUUGAACAGUGAGAGACAGAAUAACAACAACAAGAUCCAGAAAAACGCAUGUCAAAAAUGUUAUAAAUUGAUUUGCAUUUUAAUGAGGGAAAUAAGUAUUUGACCCCUCUGCAAAACAUGACUUAGUACUUGGUGGCAAAACCCUUGUUGGCAAUCAGAGGUCAGACGUUUCUUGUAGUUGGCCACCAGGUUUGCACACAUCUCAGGAGAGAUUUUGUUCCACUCCCCUUUGCAGAUCUUCUCCAAGUCAUUAAGGUUUUGAGGCUGACGUUUGGCAACUCGAACCUUCAGCUCCCUCCACAGAUUUUCUAUGGGAUUAAGGUCUGGAGACUGGCUAGGCCACUCCAGGACCUUUAAUGUGCUUCUUCUUGAGCCACUCCUUUGUUGCCUUGGCCGUGUGUUUUGGGUCAUUGUCAUGCUGGAAUACCCAUCCACGACCCAUUUUCAAUGCCCUGGCUGAGGGAAGGAGGUUCUCACCCAAAAUUUGACGGUACAUGGCCCCGUCCAUCGUCCCUUUGAUGCGGUGAAGUUGUCCUGUCCCCUUAGCAGAAAAAACCCCCAAAGCAUAAUGUUUCCACCUCCAUGUUUGAUGGUGGGGAUGGUGUUCUUGGGGUCAUAGGCAGCAUUCCUCCUCCUCCAAACACAGCGAGUUGAGUUGAUGCCAAAGAGCUCGAUUUUGGUCUCAUCUGACCACAACACUUUCACCCAGUUCUCCUCUGAAUCAUUCAGAUGUUCAUUGGCAAACUUCAGACGGCCCUGUAUAUGUGCUUUCUUGAGCAGGGGGACCUUGCGGGCGCUGCAGGAUUUCAGUCCUUCACGGCGUAGUGUGUUACCAAUUGUUUUCUUGGUGACUAUGGUCCCAGCUGCCUUGAGAUCAUUGACAAGAUCCUUUCGUGUAGUUCUGGGCUGAUUCCUCACUGUUCUCAUGAUCAUUGCAACGCCACGAGGUGAGAUCUUGCAUGGAGCCCCAGGCCGAGGGAGAUUGACAGUUAUUUUGUGUUUCUUCCAUUUGCGAAUAAUCGCACCAACUGUUGUCACCUUCUCACCAAGCUGCUUGGUGAUGGUCUUGUAGCCCAUUCCAGCCUUGUGUAGGUCUACAAUCUUGUCCCUGACAUCCUUGGAGAGCUCUUUGGUCUUGGCCAUGGUGGAGAGUUUGGAAUCUGAUUGAUUGAUUGCUUCUGUGGACAGGUGUCUUUUAUACAGGUAACAAACUGAGAUUAGGAGCACUCCCUUUAAGAGUGUGCUCCUAAUCUCAGCUCGUUACCUGUAUAAAAGACACCUGGGAGCCAAAAAUCUUUCUGAUUGAGAGGGGGUCAAAUACUUAUUUCCCUCAUUAAAAUGCAAAUCAAUUUAUAACAUUUUUGACAUGCGUUUUCUGGAUUUUUUUGUUGUUAUUCUGUCUCUCACUGUUCAAAUAAACCUACCAUUAAAAUUAUAGACUGAUCAUGUCUUUGUCAGUGGGCAAACGUACAAAAUCAGCAGGGGAUCAAAUACUUUUUUCCCCUCACUGUAUGUAACGAACUGCAAAAAAAUAACAACAAAAAAAACACCAGGAAGACUUCGGAUUACACAGUGUGUGUCUGUGCAGACAAGAGGAAUGGUAUUUGUUGUAACUGAUUUACUUUUUUUUGUCCAUAGGGCAGCCAUUGCCUGUCUGGGUGCCCUUUACGAACAGCUUGGCCGUUUGCUGGUCAACACAUUUAAAGAGACUUUGGCAAAUUUGUUGAAGGCCAUGAAGUCUGCAGAGGUGAGUGUAAAAUUAAAGGAUCUGUAAUGGUAAUGCUAAAAAUGUAUUGAUAUACCAUUGUGCUAGCCAGUGGCAAUAUGAAGGCCAGUGUUUUACGUCUGAAUAGCUGAUAUACACUGAGCAUAAAAAACAUUAAGGACACCUUCCUAAUAUUGAGUUGCACCCCCCCCUUUUGCCCUCAGAAUAGCCUCAAUUUGUCGGGAAACAUGGACUCUACAAGGUGUCGAAAGCGUUCCACAGGGAUGCUGGCCCAUGUUGACUCCAAUGCUUCCCACAGUUGUGUCAAGUUGGCUGGAUGUCCUUUGGGCGGUGGACCAUUCUUGAUACACACAGGAAACUGUUGAGCGUGAAAAACCCAGCAGCAUUGCAGUUUGACACAAUCUGAAUGGACACAUACACAAUCUAUGUCUCAAUUAUCUCAAGGCUUAAAUCAUUUUUUAACCCGUCUCCUCCCCUUCAUCUACUGAUUGAAGUGGAUUUAACAAGUGACAUCAACAAGGGAUCAUAGCUUUCACCUGGAUUCACGUGGUCAGUCUGUCAUGGAAAGAACAGGCGUUCACUCAGUGUAUAGCCUACAGGUAUAUGCCACUGAGCAGACACUUUUAUCCAAAGCGACUUACAGUACAGUGAGUGCAUACAUUUUCAGUAUGUGUAGCCUAUGUGAUCACUGCAGGGAUUGAACCCCCAACCUUGUCAUAGCUAGCGCCAAGCUCUUACCAAUUGAGCCACACAGGACCACUGAUUAAUUGUGCUGUUGUCUGGCCAUGCUCCAGUCCCAGGGUCGCUAUGAGAUCAUGCUGAGCGUGGAGAAGAUCCUGAGGGGCCUGGGGGUCAGCGCUGUGCCCUGUCACAGAGACAUCUACAAGGCUACACGCGUCUGUCUCACCGACCGCUCCAUGGCCGUGCGCUGUGUUGCCGCCAAGGUAGCUACUGCCUACCGCUUUCCUCCCUCCAACUAAACUGCUAUGCUAUAACAUACACUUGUUUUGGUACUGUCCAUUUGUAGCUUGUUUUUGGACACAGGUCCAGGAAUGGCUAAAGGAUUGCAAUAUUUACCUGGAGCUAACCCUGCAGAUAGCACUACUGGGUGAUCUGAAAAGUCAUAGUCAAUCGAUCAAUAACAUAAUAAUACUAUUAGCAAAAAUGUUUAUUUUCAAUUCACAAUCUGUAGAAACAAUGAGAAUAGAAAGGUUCAGAACUUUUGUAAGACAUCACAGUACAGUUGAAAUAAAUAUGGCAAAUAGAAAUCCUAUAUGGAUGGUGUUAAAAGAUAGAUGGGAGGUGUUGGAUGGAAUUGAAGGAUGGGGACUAAUAACAACUAACAACAAACAAUAACAAGAUGAAUAAUGUAGGCACGCUGUGUCCAUAAUAAGUGUAUGGGUUGUAGGUUGGGAGCUUUUGUGAAGGAGCACAGUUAGAAAGAUAUGGCAUAUAGAAGCAAACCGGAUGGACAUCAUGAAAAUGAUCAGCGAGGUUGAGAGUAGAUUAAGUUCAGGAGAAAGAACAAACAAAAUGUAAUUAUUGUAAAAUUGUCCAUAAAAUGUAGAUAGUGGGUAUGGGCUGGAAGUAGAGGCCUAGGCGUUGUUGUUCACUAGUUUACUCCAGUGGGGAAAGGGUGGCGGGGUUGGAAAGUAAUAAAGGGGAAUAUAUAUAUAUUUUUAAAGGGUAUAUAUGGAUGGAUGGAUGGAUGGAUGGGGGAUUGGAAGUGAUGCAGACAAUUACAUUGAUGGAAGUUACAAUCUAUCUGCAAUAUUAAGCUGAUCUACCCCCCCCCCCCAAAAAAAAAAAACAGCAACAUACACUGUAUAGCCUAGCUGUUGAUGCUACCACGUUAAGGACAUUACAACACAUUGUUCUCAUUCUACAUAGUGUUAGGCCGUAUGUCAUUCAAACAUGCGUUCCUCUCUCCAACUGAACUGCUGCUCCAACCCCAUGGGGCAUAUAGAGUGGGGGAAAAAAGUAUUUAGUCAGCCACCAAUUGUGCAAGUUCUCCCACUUAAAAAGAUGAGAGAGGCCUGUAAUUUUCAUCAUAGGUACACGUCAACUAUGACAGACAAAAUGAGGGAAAAAAAUCCAGAAGAUCACAUUGUAGGAUUUUUUAUGAAUUUAUUUGCAAAUUAUGGUGGAAAAUAAGUAUUUUGUCACCUACAAACAAGCAAGAUUUCUGGCUCUCACAGACCUGUAACUUCUUCUUUAAGAGGCUCCUCUGUCCUCCACUCGUUACCUGUAUUAAUGGCACCUGUUUGAACUUGUUAUCAGUAUAAAAGACACCUGUCCACAACCUCAAACAGUCACACUCUAAACUCCACUAUGGCCAAGACCAAAGAACUGUCAAAGGACACCAGAAACAAAAUUGUAGACCUGCACCAGGCUGGGAAGACUGAAUCUGCAAUAGGUAAGCAGCUUGGUUUGAAGAAAUCAACUGUGGGAGCAAUUAUUAGGAAAUGGAAGACAUACAAGACCACUGAUAAUCUCCCUAGAUCUGGGGCUCCAUGCAAGAUCUCACCCUGUGGGGUCAAAAUGAUCAAAAGAACGGUGAGCAAAAAUCCCAGAACCACAUGGGUGGACCUAGUGAAUGACCUGCAGAGAGCUGGGACCAAAGUAACAAAGCCUACCAUCAGUAACACACUACGCCGCCAGGGACUCAAAUCCUGCAGUGCCAGACGUGUCCCCCUGCUUAAGCCAGUACAUGUCCAGGCCCGUCUGAAGUUUGCUAGAGUGCAUUUGGAUGAUCCAGAAGAGGAUUGGGAGAAAUGUCAUAUGGUCAGAUGAAACCAAAAUAGAACUUUUUGGUAAAAACUCAACUCGUCGUGUUUGGAGGACAAAGAAUGCUGAGUUGCAUCCAAAGAACACCAUACCUACUGUGAAGCAUUGGGGGUGGAAACAUCAUGCUUUGGGGCUGUUUUUCUGCAAAGGGACCAGGACGACUGAUCCGUGUAAAGGAAAGAAUGAAUGGGGCCAUGUAUCGUGAGAUUUUGAGUGAAAACCACCUUCCAUCAGCAAGGGCAUUGAAGAUGAAACGUGGCUGGGUCUUUCAGCAUGACAAUGAUCCCAAACACACCGCCCGGGCAACGAAGGAGUGGCUUCGUAAGAAGCAUUACAAGGUCCUGGAGUGGCCUAGCCAGUCUCCAGAUCUCAACCCCAUAGAAAAUCUUUGGAGGGAGUUGAAAGUCCGUGUUGCCCAGCGACAGCCCCAAAACAUCAAUGCUCUAGAGGAAAUCUGCAUGGAGGAAUGGGCCAAAAUACCAGCAACAGUGUGUGAAAACCUUGUGAAGACUUACAGAAAACGUUUGACCUGUGUCAUCGCCAACAAAGGGUAUAUAACAAAGUAUUGAGAAACUUUUGUUAUUGACCAAAUACUUAUUUUCCACCAUAUAAUUUUCAAAUAAAUUCAUUAAAAAUCCUACAAUGUGAUUUUCUGGAUUUCUUUUCUCAUUUUGUCUGUCAUAGUUGACGUGUACCUAUGAUGAAAAUUACAGGCCUCUCUCAUCUUUUAAAGUGGGAGAACUUGCACAAUUGGUGGCUGACUAAAUACUUUUUUCCCCACUGUGUGUGUGUGUGUGUAUGUAUGUAUGUAUGUAUGUACAUAUAUAUAUAUAUAUAUAUAUGGGGGAUUGGAAGUGAUGCAGACAAUUACAUUGAUGGAAGUUACAAUCUAUCUGCAAUAUUAAGUUGAUCUACUCUCCCCCCCCAAAAAAAAAAAAACCCAUACACUGUAUAGCCUAGCUGUUGAUGCUACCACGUUAAGGACAUUACAACACAUUGUUCUCAUUCUACAUAGUGUUAGGCCGUAUGUCAUUCAAACAUGCGUUCCUCUCUCCAACUGAACUGCUGCUCCAACCCCAUGGGGCAUAUAGCUUUUGGUGCUACCAAGUUAAGCAAUACAUUACAAUCAUUUUAUGUUAUUUUGGUCUCACUGAUUCAAUUGAGCUUCAUUUCACACUGAUGCGUGUCUUUUUUGUAGAUUUUUCAUAUAGCUAAGAUGGUGCAUGUAACAUAUUUGCCAUCCAUAUAUGUUUUUAAAUGUCUGUGUGAUGUCUGGCAGUGUCUUCUGGAGCUGCAGAGAGAGGCUGUGUUUCUGUGGACCUCAGAGUUGGAGAACGUAGCCACACUCUGCUUCAGGGCGUUCGAGGGCUCCAACUACGAUGUGCGCGUGGCCAUCUCCAAGCUGCUGGGUACCCUGCUGGCCACAGCCGUAGAGCCCAAACAACCCACUGGUACAGUAGGCUACAAUGGAUGACGAGUUGGUAGAAUUGCUAUUGUUGAGGUUUUGGGAUCAAAUUGUCUGCUUUUAACUGUAUUUCUCAGUGUGGGAUUUAGAACCUAUAUUAAAGAACAGAAAUUGAAAAUAAAAAACAGUAUUGACCCUUCUCUUCCUCCAUGUGUCCUCUCCUCCCAGCUCACAGACAGGGCUCCAGACGUAGCUCCUUGGAGGAAGUGAUGGAUCUGCUGACUGGGGGGUUCCUGCGUGGUGGGGCUGGCUUCCUCAGGGCCAGUGGAGACAAGCUCAAAGGGACCAGCUCUGUUAGCAAAGACAUCCGCAUUGGCAUCACUCAGGUCAGCUCUCUCUGUCUCCAUCCUACAUGUUAGGCUAUUUAGUUUUUUUCUGACCACGUGGCCUGACUAGGAAACACUUGGGCCAGUAGGUUUUCCUGGUCCGGUCACAUGGGUCAGGAAAUGUCCUGGCUCUAUACAUGUGCUCAUGCUACUAGCUAUAUGUAUUGGGUGCAACUUACUGUUUUCUCUUUUGUUUUUGAUUUUGUUCUGUCUAGUCGUGUGUGGUGUUUGUGUCCUGUCUGGGCGGUGCGUGGCUGGAGGCCAACUUCUCAGCCCUGCUGGCCCUUCUCAUGGAGCUGGUGUCCCACACACGGGCCACCCACACUCCUGCAGACGCUGUGUGCUGCAGACGCUGCAUCUCCUUCAUCCUCAGGGCCACACUGGGCUCUCUGCUGGGGGAGAAGGCCCAGAUCGCUGCUGCCAAGGAGAUCUGCCUGGCCAUAGGCAAACAGAAGAGGGCUGUGGGUGAGGGGAAGCUUUAAUACACCAUUACCCAUUGAUUGACAAGGAUUGAUUGCUGAAAGAUGUUCUCAGAAAUGUCACUUCUUGAAUGGUACUUAGGCUUUUUCCCAAUUCAUCUUUCCUUGAUUUUUUUUUUCACGACCUCUCCUCCCCUGCUUCUCAAAACGCAUUGGAGGAGAAGGCUAGAGUGGAGGGACCUCGGAUCUUCUCCUCCAGUGUGAUAAGGAAGGGAGGAUGCAAGGAAUCUAGGAAAGGCAAAUUGACAAAGUGCCAAUUUGUUUGAGUGGUUUGAAGAAUGAUGAUCUCAUACAGGCCUGAUGAUGUCAUUAUGUGCAUGUCAGCCUUUCAAAUUGAUAGUAGUGCCUCUGAAGUGGUUUUCCUUGGUGGUCACGGUGAUAUUUUCCCCUCCUCCUCAGAUGCGGCCAUGUGUGAUGGGAACGUGGAGACGCGGGUCACCACCACAGACGUAGCUGCCAGUCAGCAUGUGUUGGUGUGUGCUCUGCUGGAGCUGGGUAGCCUGGUACAGGGCCUUGGCUCUACUGCUGCAUCGCUACUCACUGACACCAGCACAGGUGGGGCCUGAACACACAUACUUGUUCCCAGUCUCUAAAUGGUCGUAUUUUGGAAAAGCUGUGUGUGUUUUAUGCUGUGUGGGCAGUCUCUGUAAUGCAUGGGAGUGUUCAGUGGUCUAUAAGGACGAGUCGGUGACAGAGCGAGUAGAGGGGGAGAGAGUGAUAAGAGAUGGGGAGGGAGAGAGUCUGUGACGGCGUGGGAGGGGGGAGCAUGACAGAGAGCGAGAAGAAAGAAGGGAGAGGACAGAGACACUGGAGGUGAAUAGGUCAUAGUGCCUGGCCUGCUGUGCUGACUCAGGACUCAGCUAAACAACAUUAGUCUAUAUAUUUAAUGCAGGUGCUAUGACAGGAUAAGUAUAGACUAGUGGAACAGAGCCAGACAUAUUAUUAUUAUUAUUAUUAUUAUUAUUAUUAUUAUAUUACCUACCAAGUCUCACAUAGACAAAUACUCAAGGCUCAAUAUACUGUGUGUGCCUGUCUAAGAGUAUAGUUUUGACACAUUUUAACUUCUCUUCUUCUGUGGUAUUUCUCCCUCCCAGCCUUGCUGGACACGGUGAUCUCAGUUCUGCUCCACCCCAGUGUGUCAGCACGGUUAGCGGCUGCCUGGUGUCUACGCUGUGUGGCAGUGGCCCAGCCUUCCCAGGGAGCAGUGCUGCUGGACCGCUGUGGAGAGAGACUCAACGCCCUCAAGUCCUGCCCCGAGGCCGUGGCCGGGUACAGUGCCGCUAUCGCCGCCCUGCUGGGGGCCGUGCAGCACUGCCCACUGGGCAUCCCCCACACUAAAGGCAAUGUAAGGACUGGGCUUCAUCUGGGUAACCUUGACCUAGCAACAAAUACACAUAGGCCUGUUUAUAGUUGAGGCCUUGUAUGCACACGAUUAGUGAUUUUACAGUUGAAGUCGGAAGUUUACAUACACCUUAGCCAAAUACAUUUAAACUCAGUUUUUCACAAUUCCUGACAUUUAAUCCUAGUAAAUGUUCCCUGUCUUAGGUCAGUUAGGAUCACCACUUUAUUUUAAGAAUGUGAAAUGUCAGAAUAAUAGUAGAGAGAAUGAUUUAUUUAAGCUUUUAUUUCUUUCAUCACAUUCCCAGUGGGUCAGAAGUUUACAUACACUCAAUUAAUAUUGCCUUAACAUUGUGUAACUUGGGUCAAAUGUUUUGGGUAGCCUUCCACAAGCUUCCCACAAGAAGUUGGGUGAAUUUUGGCCCAUUCCUCCUGACAGAGCUGGUGUAACGGAGUCAGGUUUGUAGGCCUCCUUGCUCGCACACACUUUUUCAGUUCUGCCCACAAAUAUUGUAUAGGACUGAGGUCAGGGCUUUGUGAUGGUCACUCCAAUACCUUGACUUUGUUGUCCUUAAGCCAUUUUGCCACAACUUUGGAAGUAUGCUUGGGGUCAUUGUCCAUUUGGAAGACCCAUUUGCAGCCAAGCUUUAACUUCCUGACUUACAGUGGGGGAAAAAAGUAUUUAGUCAGCCACCAAUUGUGCAAGUUCUCCCACUUAAAAAGAUGAGAGAGGCCUGUAAUUUUCAUCAUAGGUACACGCCAACUAUGACAGACAAAAUGAGAAAAAAUUCUCCAGAAAAUCACAUUGUAGGAUUUUUUUAUGAAUUUAUUUGCAAAUUAUGGUGGAAAAUAAGUAUUUGGUCAAUAACAAAAGUUUCUCAAUACUUUGUUAUAUACCCUUUGUUGGCAAUGACACAGGUCAAACGUUUUCUGUAAGUCUUCACAAGGUUUUCACACACUGUUGCUGGUAUUUUGGCCCAUUCCUCCAUGCAGAUCUCCUUUAGAGCAGUGAUGUUUUGGGGCUGUCGCUGGGCAACACGGACUUUCAACUCCCUCCAAAGAUUUUCUAUGGGGUUGAGAUCUGGAGACUGGCUAGGCCACUCCAGGACCUUGAAAUGCUUCUUACGAAGCCACUCCUUCGUUGCCCGGGCGGUGUGUUUGGGAUCAUUGUCAUGCUGAAAGACCCAGCCACGUUUCAUCUUCAAUGCCCUUGCUGAUGGAAGGAGGUUUUCACUCAAAAUCUCAUGAUACAUGGCCCCAUUCAUUCUUUCCUUUACACGGAUCAGUCGUCCUGGUCCCUUUGCAGAAAAACAGCCCCAAAGCAUGAUGUUUCCACCCCCAUACUUCACAGUAGGUAUGGUGUUCUUUGGAUGCAACUCAGCAUUCUUUGUCCUCCAAACACGACGAGUUGAGUUUUUACCAAAAAGUUCUAUUUUGGUUUCAUCUGACCAUAUGACAUUCUCCCAAUCCUCUUCUGGAUCAUCCAAAUGCACUCUAGCAAACUUCAGACGGGCCUGGACAUGUACUGGCUUAAGCAGGGGGACACGUCUGGCAUUGCAGGAUUUGAGUCCCUGGCGGCGUAGUGUGUUACUGAUGGUAGGCUUUGUUACUUUGGUCCCAGCUCUCUGCAGGUCAUUCACUAGGUCCCCCCGUGUGGUUCUGGGAUUUUUGCUCACCGUUCUUGUGAUCAUUUUGACCCCACGGGGUGAGAUCUUGCAUGGAGCCCCAGAUCGAGGGAGAUUAUCAGUGGUUUUGUAUGUCUUCCAUUUCCUAAUAAUUGCUCCCACAGUUGAUUUCUUCAAACCAAGCUGCUUACCUAUUGCAGAUUCAGUCUUCCCAGCCUGGUGCAGGUCUACAAUUUUGUUUCUGGUGUCCUUUGACAGCUCUUUGGUCUUGGCCAUAGUGGAGUUUGGAGUGUGACUGUUUGAGGUUGUGGACAGGUGUCUUUUAUACUGAUAACAAGUUCAAACAGGUGCCAUUAAUACAGGUAAUGAGUGGAGGACAAAGGAGCCUCUUAAAGAAUAAGUUACAGGUCUGUGAGAGCCAGAAAUCUUGCUUGUUUGUAGGUGACCAAAUACUUAUUUUCCACCAUAAUUAGCAAAUAAAUUCAUAAAAAAUCCUACAAUGUGAUUUUCUGGAAUUUUUUUCCUCAAUUUGUCUGUCAUAGUUGAUGUGUACCUAUGAUGAAAAUUACAGGCCUCUCUCAUCUUUUUAAGUGGGAGAACUUGCACAAUUGGUGGCUGACUAAAUACUUUUUUUCCCCACUGUAUGUCUUGAGAUGUUGCUUCAAUAUAUCCACAUAAUUUUCCUUCCUCAUGAUGCCAUCUAUUUUGUGAAGUGCACCAGUCCCUCCUGCAGUAAAGCACCCCCACAUCAUGAUGCUGCCACCCCUGUGCUUCACGGUUGGGAUGGUGUUCUUCAGCUUGCAAGCGACCCCCUUUUUCCUCCAAACAUAACGAUGGUCAUUAUGGCCAAACAGUUCUAUUUUUGUUUCAUCAGACCAGAGGAAAUUUUUCCAAAAAGUACGAUCUUUGUCCCCAGGUGCAGUUGCAAACCGUAGUCUGUUUUUUUUAUGGCGGUUUUGGAGCAGUGACUUCUUCCUUGCUGAGCGGCCUUUCAGGUUAUGUCGAUAUAGGACUCGUUUUACUGUGGAUAUAGAUACUUUUGUACCUGUUUCCUCCAGCAUCUUCACAAGGUCCUUUGCUGUUGUUCUGGGAUUGAUUUGCACUUUUCGCACCAAAGUACGUUCAUCUCUAGGAGACAGAACGCGUCUCCUUCCUGAGCGGUAUGACGGCUGCGUGGUCCCAUGGUGUUUAUAUUUGUGUACAAUUGUUUGUACAGAUUAAUGUGGUACCUUCAGGCGUUUGGAAAUUGCUCCCAAGGAUGAACCAGACUUGUGGAGGUCUACAAUUUUUUUUCUGAGGUCUUGGCUGAUUUCUUUUGAUUUUCCCAUGAUGUCAAGCAAAGAGGCACUGAGGUUGAAGGUAGGCCUUGAAAUACAUCCACAGGUACACCUCCAAUUGACUCAAAUGAUGUCAAUUAGCCUAUCAGAAGCUUCUAAAGCCAUGACAUCAUUUUCUGGAAUUUUCCAAGCUGUUUAAAGGCACAGUCAACUUAGUGUAUGUAAACUUCUGACCCACUGAAAUUGUGAUACAGUGAAUUAUAAGUGAAAUAAUCUGUCUGUAAACAAUUGUUGGAAAAAUUACUUGUGUCAUGCACAAAGUAGAUGUCCUAACCGACUUGCCAAAUCUAUAGUUUGUUAACAAGAAAUUUGUGGAGUGGUAUGAAAAACUAGUUUUAAUGACUCCAACCUAAGUGUAUGUAAACUUCCGACUUCAACUGUAUGUCUGUUUAAUGGCUCAACCAUAGUUCAAUUAUAUGCUCCACUAAAUCAAUGGGAGCUGAUUUAUUAGUACAGGUAUCUAAAUUAUAAGUGACCCUCUGUUCCCAGGUGGUGAUGGGGCUGGCCGAGGACCUGCUCCGUUCAGCCACUCAGAACAGCCGCAUCUCCAUCCAACGCACACAGGCUGGCUGGCUGCUGCUCUCCGCCCUCAACACCCUAGGUAUGUCCAUCAUCCACCCUCUGCUGAUGUGUUUGCUGGACCAAUGGAAAUAAAUGGCCUAAUUCAAAACCUGGUGUUUUUAUUCAGCAAUAGUCAUCUUCAGAUCUGGGACCUUCUCAGACCUUGCCAACUACUGCUGUCUUUGUGUGUAAAAGGGAUCUUAUCUCAGUGAGAUCAACCUGUAUGAAUAAAGGUUGAAUAACUUCUUUAGGUCCAGCGGUGGUUGAGCACCACCUCCCCAGGAUGCUGCUUCUGUGGAGGUGUACCUUCCCUCCCUCCAUCAGAGACCUGGACAUGGAGCUCCGCCGUGGGGACCACUUCACCUGGCAGGUCACCCUGGAGGGCCGCGCCGGGGCGCUGUGUGGUGAGAGACACUUUUAUACUCACCGUUCAUUGAACACAAGCUGGGUUGUUUCAGUUGAAUGCUUAUGUAAGUUAGUUUAAGCUUGAACUUUCAUCUCUAGGUUGAUCUAAUGUCUCCUAUGUUGAUGUGUUGUUGUUUUGUUCCAGCCAUGAAGAGCCUGGUGAUUCACUGCAGAGCUCUCCUGACUGAUGAUGUUAUAGGUCGUCUCCUGACCCCCCUGGCGUGUGCUGUGGCUCUGCUCACCAAGUGAGUCACACCAUCUUCUCAUACCAGACCUCUGUCAUAGGCCACGUUCCAAUGUCCAUACUAGUAUACUAAAAAGAAUCCAUGCAUAAUACAUGUUUCUAUACGAGGUGGUAUGCUAAUGUGGAUGGAUAUUUGACCAGAGCCUGUACAGAGAGACUUCAACUUUAAACAUCAUCACUGAUGAAGACGGCGACUUAGCUCUGACCCGAAGGUUACCACUGGAGCUAAAAAUACCUCCAUGUUAGGUGAUCAAUAUCCAGGAACGUUUCUGGUGCGUUGCCAAGUCCACACUUAACAGCUCACUGGUCAAGGACACAGUCAGCCAAACUGCUUCUCUCACUCCUUCUGGGGGGGGAUUGUGUACCGUGUUAUUUCUGACCAAACUGAAAAAACAAGAGUAUAGUUGACUUGAGACUGUUUAAUAAGCUUGAUUUAUUUUGACUGAAACCUAAAGACUGAAAGACUGAAACCUAUGUGUGUGUAUUGCAGGGUGCCUACUCUGAUCAAAUCCUAUGGCAACCUGAUUAAAAACACCUCGGUAGUCUUCAGACUGAGGGUCUAUGAGAUCCUGGCUCUGUUGCCCCCAAAGACAUACGAAGGUGAGAGCUCUUUUCAAUGCUACUCUCUGUGACUACUGGUCAUAGAAGCUUAUACAUUGGAAGACUAGCCCUUUGGUGUUUUAAAGGAGAUCCUAAUAAACUGUACAUAAUGGCUUAAAGGGUAUUUAUUAUAACCUAUUUGUCGAUAUAAAAUAAAAUUACUUUUGUUCUGGGAAAUAGGGGCUGUAGCUUAUCUUAACCCCAGACACCUGGCUCUUCUGUUCCCCCUUCCACACAGAGAGUUUGACAAGAUUCUUGUCUAUGUAAAUUGGCAUUGUGCUCUUGAUGUUGACAUUAAGGCUGUGGUAUUGAUUGCUAACCCCAGAUAUGUAACCCUGAUGUCCCCCAUCCAUCCACACAGAGAGUUUUGGCAUCGUGCUGAAGCAGCUGGUGACAGACCUGACCGGGCCAGAGAACGUGGUGUGUACAGAGCUGACGUUACUACCACCCCUCUGUCACAGUGAUGACCUGGCACUACUGGGACCCGCUCUGCAGGACAUGGAUCAGCACUACAUAGAAGAGCAGGUCUGUCUGAGGCCAAAGGGAGCUGUCACCUUAUAAUAACAAAUAGAACUGAUGUAUAGGAUCUCUGUGACACUUAAUCACUUGGUGCUGUAAACCGUAGAUAUUGUAUGCAUCUAAAAGUUUUUGUGGAUUUGUGAAGGAGGCAAACAAACCUUUAGGAUUGAGAUGCAGCGAUUCAAACGUAGUGCUCUCUGUGUGCGUAGAGAGAGAAGUGUGUGUGUGUGUGUGUGUGGAGGCCCAGGUGUGUGACCUUGCUGUUUUGUGUCUAUUGCAGUUACAGGGGAGCAGUGUUGGAGGAGGGACCCUGGAGUAUGACCCCUUCACCAUCUGUGUGAAAUGCCAAGAUGUUCCCGCCCCCCUGCCCCCUCCUACUGCCCUCACCACCGCUGCCAUACAGCUCUUUGGAGUCAUCUUUCCCCACAUCAUCAUCCCACUGAGGUACACACACGUAACCACACUUACACACACUCACUCACUAUGUCUUACUAUACUUGUGAGGACUUUUAGCGGACCAACAAUUGAUUCCCAUUCAAAAUCCUAUUUUCCCUCAUCCUAAACCUAAUUCUAAACCUAACCCCUAAGCCUGAAAUAGCCCUUUUACAAGUGAGGACCGGCAAAAUGUCCUCACUUCUCUGAAUUUUAGUUGGUUCCUAUUCUUGUGAGGACUUCUGAUACUCACAAGUACAGUAUAUUAAAACUUGUACACACACGCUCACACACUCUACUUUGACACAGACAAACCAACCGCAAAAGGUUCAUCUCCUGUCUCUCCUUGUUGCAGGACCCAGAUUCUAGAACAGUUCACAGAGUCUCUGAAGCAGUUGAAGGGUGUUCGUCAGCAGACUGUCCAGACUCAUGUGACUGCCGCCCUCUGCAGUGUCCUAAAGGUAAACACUCAGAGCCUGAACUCUGACAUAUUGGUAGCCUUUGCCUUUGGAUUACCAGCCUAUAUGAUAGAAUGUUUUAUUUUUUUGUCUACAGACGUUGUCUAUAGGCAGAAUGAUAAUGCCAUUUCUUUCACAAAUUUCAUCAAUGAUGCAACAAGUGCAAUGUAAAAUGUGCCAUUGUGCAAUUUCCUUUUUUUGGUUGAUCAACUACGCGAUGACAAUGUGUGGAUAUCCCUGAAGUAGUUAACCCCACCCUCCUCUCUCUGUGUUCAGCACCUAGGCUCCAGUCGUGUAGGUCUGGGUCCAGAGGAGGUUCGGAAGCCAGCCCUGGGUCUGUUGGUGGGGGCUCUGGAGAGCUCAAACCCCCUGCUGCGCUGCAUGGCUGCUGAGGGCCUGUCUCGCCUGGUACAGGUGGUCAACGACCCUGCAUUCACCGUUUCCAUGACCCUGGUCAGCUUCGACAAGUGAGUGGUCAUCCCACAAUCCCAUACCACACACACACACCGCACUAUAGGCUACGUACCUCUUGGCAUGGGUGGUCAGCUCCCUCUCAGCCCAGUCCAAGCUCUUCUCUGUCCUGGCACCCCAAUGGUGGAAGCAGCUUCCCCCUCAAGCUAGGACCGCAGAAUCCCUGCCCAAUUUCAGAAAACGUCUGAAACCCUACCUCUUCAAGGAGUAUCUUAAAUGAAUCCCACGGCGCUGUGAUGUGGUUGUCUCACCUAGCUAUCUUAAUAGGAAUGCACUAAUUGUCAGUCACUAAAUUACUCAAAUUAAAAAUAUUAAUGUACUAGCACACAAACACCAGUCUCAGAAGAUCAACCAGGAUCAGUGAUAUUGCACAAUGUCUUGCACUGUCUUCAUUUAGGAGUCCAUAUUAGGGUGCAUUCUAAGCUAAUGUUGUGACAUUUGUGUGUUGGUUGGACAUCAGUUUAUUAGUUGCACAGUGCGUUGGACCUCAGAUUGAUCCCAUCUCACCCCCACCAGGUUGAAGACAGCCCGGGAUGCUGUGACUCGUACGGGUCAUGCCCUGGCGCUGGGUUCCCUGUACCGCUAUGUAGGGGGCAUCAGCUCCCCCCAGCACCUCUCUGCCUGUGUGGGCAUCCUCUUCACCCUGUCCCAGGACAGCACCUCCCCCGAGGUCCAGGUACAGUAAUGAUUACCAAUCAGAUUGACUUCAGAGUUUGUUUGUAUCGCCACCCACAAAACAGCUGUUUAAAAACGUGCCACAAGUAUGAACGGACCCUCUGCAUCACUUCCACAGCUCAAAAGCCGUUGAGAAGGUCUAUAGGGAAACAGAAGUCUCUGUUGGCAACAUGUAGAGUUGUCUCGACCAAUAACUCUUGUUUCCUCUUUGUCUGUACCAGAGGUGGGCGCUGCACUCUCUGUCCAUGGUGAUGGACCUGGCUGGUCCUCUUUACCACGGCCAUGUGGAGGCCAGCUUCACCCUGGUGCUGAGGCUGCUGCUCUCUAUCCCCCCUACCCACGUAGAGGUCCACCAGAGCCUGGGGCGCUGCCUCAACGCCCUCCUCACCACCCUGGGACCUGACCUACAAGGUGACUCUACUCACCUCAUAGUCAGACACUGAGUCACUGUAAAGUAGAAAUCUGAUACCAGAGAAAAUACAUUUGAUUUCUUGGAUUGGAUUGCAAAAUGUUACUUUUAUUGUAUCUAUCAAUAAUGUUAUUGCUGCACAUAAUGCAUUAUUUCACUCAAUAUCCAGCUCUCACCUUUUUUAGACUGUAGCACUGACACUACACAAUGAGUGUGUCUAACCCUGGUAUGCGUGUCUGAUCCAUUUUGUGCCCCCAGGCGAGGGCCAGUCUGUGUCGGCCCUGCGGACGUCGUGCCUGGUCGGCUGUGCGGUGAUGCAGGACAGUCCAGACUGUCUAGUCCAGGCCCAGGCCAUCUCCUGUCUGCAGCAGCUGCACAUGUUCGCCCCGCGCCACGUCAACCUGGCUAGUCUGGUGCCCAGCCUCUGUGUGAGUAGUGGCCCAAGCUAAUCCUAAACUGUGUCAAGUCAAUGUCCUAGGUAGCUAAUGCUAAUGAGAAGCUGUUUCAUAACUAGGUAGGUAAUUAGCUAAUGUCAUUCCUGGCUAAUGCUAAGCUAUUGAGCUAAUGAUUCUAUUAGUCUAAGGCAGCAAUCACUCAUGCACACACUCACUCCAACACAGCUCUCUGUCUGUCGGGAUAUGUAGCCUAGAUGUUAAUGAUGUUGACCUGAGACAUGGUUGUAGACUCGUAUGAAAGGAGUCUUCAACCAUGUCAGUUGGGGCAAAUGACGUGAUCAAUUUUGUUUUAAAACUUGUUAAACCAUGUAGUCCCAGUUUGUGUUUCUGUAGUGGCUUCCUCUGUAGUGACCGUGUGUAUUCUCUCUCAUACAGGAGAUCUUGUUGGAUUAUUCUAUGUUGGUAGGUUCUUUCCCCUGGCUGCAGGAGUUGCAGUGUGAAGUUGUAUUUGCUGUUGGCACUGCUCCUACUUUCUUAGCAGUGUUUUCUUUGUCACCCUGUUGAUUUUCACUUUGGUUGUCUUUUUCUUAUCUUUUUGGUUCUCUUCUGUGAGUUUGAACUAACCCGAUAAGGCAUCCACAGCGAGCAUGAGCCGAUUCCCUCCCUCACAGCCCUCUACUCCAUGGGUAGUGCCAAGGAUUUGUUUUGCGUCAGUGGCUCUUUUCUCAAAGUCUUCCUUUCUUCACACUGGAUGGCUAUUCAGAUCACUAGCGUAGGUCAAGGGGUAAAAACAUUCCCCAACUAGCCUCUGUCAACUGCUUUUUGUUCUAAUUAUCGGAGUAGUGAGUUCUGCUAUCAGUUCUGAGAAACGAUGACCAAAUGACCAUACAAGCUGUAAAGACACAGGUCUAAAUAACAUAAACUUAAACAACAUAUAAUGUAGUCAUUGGCGCAAGUAAAACUAUCCUUUACAGUUCCUCUGCCUUCCCACGCUCCUCUAGCCUGGUCCCAGAUCUGUUUGUGCUGUCUUGCCAACUCAGGCGUGACAAUGACCAUAGGAGUUGGCAAGACGGCACAGCCAGAUCUGGGACCAGGCGAAUCCUCUGAAAAGGCUUCUGUUUGUUUGAUAUGACAGGAUGAUUAACAGCAUCAUGGCACCAGGGAGGACUAGUCAGUAGUCUCCACUCCCAGGGAGCUAAUAACACUUCUUCUGUUUGUCGUCUGUUGGAAUUCUCACACUGUUCUGUUUUCUGUUCCCCCCUGGUUUGAUAUAUGAUUUUCCAGUUAGCAGGCCAAAUGAUUUUGGAUUCAGUUGUUGACACCCAAACUGUGAAAGUAAUUGCUUGCUUUCAGCUGAAAUAUCCCUGAUAUUUUGGUUUUGCUUGCUGCUCACAGCAAUUAUUAUUAUUAUUAUCCGUUCCAGCAUGAUGUUUAGCUGAAAAUGAAUUGGGCCACCACUUAUCUAUGAUAGUGUUUCUACUGGGAUUUUGAACAGAGUAGUCACACUGUUAAGAUGGAUCGACUGGGCCCUGUAAUGAAAUGUGAUCUUACUCGCUCUUAGUUCACUUCUGUCCUGGUAUUAAUUCAGUUAUAUUUCAACCAAAGUGCUAAUCACUUAUUGAUUAUGGGAUUCUUCAUGUACUAUUAUCACUUUAAUACACAGACAGAAUGGUCACCCUCUCUACCGGUGGUUAGUUUCUCUAUGUAGUCCUCAUAUCCUGAGGUGUGUGUGUUGUCUGCGUGCGUAUGUGCUUGGUGUGUGUAGGUGAACCUGUGCAGCUCGUACCUGUCUCUGCGUCGUGCUGUGGUGGCAUGUCUGAGACAGCUGGCCCAGAAGGAAGCCCUGGAGGUGUCAGAGCACGCUGUGGCUCUGGUCAAGGAGCUGCCACGCAGGGACAACACACAGCUUGGUGAGACAAACACACACACUUUUAGACACACACACACACACACACACUGAGAUACAAGCCGAGAUGUCUGGUCACUCACCUUCACCAGCAAAUCUAUAAUUUUCCUGUAAUGCUCAGCAUGUGCAAAUGGACUUUGAAUAAUUAACAUACAUUAAGUAGUUUAAUAAGCUGUAGAAAAGCCCCGUUGUGACCAGUGUCUCCUCUCCUCCACAGAUGUGACCAUUAAGGAGGUGGGCCUGGAGGGCGCUCUGUUUAGCCUGCUGGACCGGGAGUCAGACCCCUGUCUCUGUCAGGACAUCCAGGAGACCCUGGUCCACAUGAUGAGUUCCAUCGCCACGGGGAAACUGGCCCACUGGCUCAAACUCUGCAAAGACGUCCUGUCUGCCUCUGCAGGUGGGUGUGAUGUCAAAUGGAAGGCUUUAAACUUCAGUUUCAAGAGUGCGAUCCUUCUCUUUUUCUGCUACCUGGUGGGGUGUUAUACCCAACGAGGCAGAUGUCAUAAGGACUUUAUUUGACACCAAAUAUUCUCCUUACUGACGCAAUCUAUUCCAUGGAUGUUGUUUAAGUUGAUAGCUAUACUACUUAACACCAGCUGUCUCUGUGGUUUGUUCUGUCAGAAUCCACAGCCCCGGUAGAGACCAAUCAGGAGGAGGAUGGAGAGAGGGAUGAUGACGCGUCAGUCUUCCACGCCAAGUCAGAGUCCAGCGGGCCCUUUACCAACCUGCGCUGGUCCACGCGGGUUUUCGCUGUGGAGUGUGUGUGUCGCAUCAUCGCCCAGUGUGAGAACCACGGACAUCCUGCCCACUUCGACAUGGCCCUGGCCCAGGAGCACCGCCUGCAUGAGUCCACCGGUGAGGGAAGCCAUUUUGUGGGGAACGUCACUCCUACUGUAUGAGCUGUUUUCAAUAGUGUCCCUGCUCCGACAAAGGUCAUUAUAGACCGAAAGCUUAACAAAUUAAAACUCUGCGCACGCUUAUGUCAGAUGGAAUUUCAGUCCUUCUCCACCUGCUACUCUACCUAACAAAAACAAUACAUUGUUUAAUCAUUCAUUUUAUUAUAACGACAUCUUGUGGAGCGUCUAAAUGCCAUUUCCAUGUGUAAUUCAACGUCUGUUCACAUAUCAUAUAUCCUACCCUCUUCCCUGCCAGACUUCCUGGUCCUUCACCUGGCUGACCUGAUCCGCAUGGCCUUCAUGGCCUCCACUGACCACAGUGACAAGCUGAGGCUCUCUGGCCUACAGACUCUACUGGUCAUCAUCCGCCAGUUUGCUGCCAUCCCAGAGCCUGAGUUCCCUGGCCACGUCAUCCUGGAGCAGUAUCAGGCUAACGUGAGUCUCUGUCAUGUCUUCUACUACCACGGGUGGGGAAUGAGCGUUCUAGGCUUAUUCAAAGAGUCGUCUCUCUUUUCAUGUGUAGGUGGGAGCUGCUCUAAGACCCGCCUUUACUGCAGACGCACCUCCUGAUGUCACAGCCAAAGCCUGCCAGGUGUGGCCAUCUAUCUCUCUGUACUUUUAACUAAUACUGAUUUGAAUAUUGUCCUCUUAUUUGAGCUAUCACUGAAAAUAGUCUUUCCACUGUGCUGCCUGACUGACAGGUGUGCAGUGCGUGGAUCGCCAGUGGCGUGGUCAGUGAUCUGAGGGAUCUGAGGAGGGUGCACCAGCUCCUGGCCUCUUCGCUGGUCAAGGUCCAGGCAGGGAAGGAGGUGCCCAGUCCGCUCUACAACGAGGGAACGUCCACCAUGGAGACACUGGCUGUGCUCAAGGCCUGGGCUGAGGUAAGUCAUUGCUGGCUGAUCCCAGCCUCCCAUCCAUCAACACUUGCAUUAAAAGCCACAUCCUCUAGUAGUUGAAGUCACUGUCAUUACAGUACAGGUUUAGUCCCAUGCUGUUUCUUUGGCACUUUCUAUAUCCUCCACUACGUCUAUGUGGAACAGAGAAAUUCAUCCUAGACACAUUACACAUACAGAUACUUUACUACUGACAGUUUGUUCAUCCUGCCUGUGCUGAUUGGUUGUCUGGCUAUAUCUAUACUGCACAUCUAAUAAUAUUAACACUGUGUUUGUCUCCUCUCCCAGGUGUACAUUGUGGCGGUGCAGAGCAGCAGUAGACAGAGAGAAAGCCCCGUCCCAGGGCCAGGCCCAGGGAGGCAGGGUGAGCAGGCUGGUUCCCCCCUGCUAGAGGAGGACUGUGGGGGGGCUGGAGGGGCAGGGCUGCUGACGCUGGUCCAGACUGACCUGGCUACGCUGAGCCGUCUGUGGCUGGCUGCCCUACAGGACUACGCUCUCCUCACCCUCCCCCAGGACUACUCAGCACAACUACCCGCUACAGGUGACUACAGGACAUGUUCUAGAUCUGGUGGGGUUGUAUGUGUCACUCACUGGGAAGAGGGUGGAUAAUAUAGGUAGAUGCUCUGUAGUGAUGGGAAGUUUGGAUCUUUUUACUGACUCUGGUCUUUUCGACUCGUUCAGUCAAAAGAACAAAUCUUUCGACUCAUUUCGUUCAUUUGAGUCAGUAAUGCUCAGAGCACGCAAGACCCCCUACCGGCGAACGAUGAACUGAAAACUCGAAAUAGUCAUGAUUCUACAAGCCUCUUGUUCACAAGUCGUUCACCAUAAGGGGCUUAUUGGAGCUGUCAUUUGUGACUGAGAUUUGUAACAACAUGCUUUAAACAAUGUACAUUUGUUGAUUGCUAAGCAUGCAAAUAAGAUUGUCUUGGUACAUUUGAAACAAGGUCUAGUUGUGGCCGCAACCGGAGUAGAUUGUGAACGACUCUUGGCGGAAUGCAUUGCUUGACUGCCGUGAGGGUGAUUAGCACAAUAUCGUUUGAGAACUGCAGCACCCCAAAUGGUUCGAGUUUGUUGAGCAGAGGCUGUGUAUGUUUUGGUUCUACAAAGCUGUGUCCGUGACAUUCAAUAAUCAAUUAAUUGCAUUCAUUCUUGCACCAUGCAAUCAAUUAUCAGUUCUACACACCUUUUAUUCUCUCUGCUGCCUGCAGCUGGAUCUAUUUUGCCUGUGUGCGUAUUAGAGGCCUUCGGACCGUUCCAAAAUGGACCUGGGGCUUUCCCAUCCGGACCCGAUAUGCAUUCAAAUUAAGAGACCACUGCACAUUUUUCUCAAAUCAGCAUCUCUACAUGUAUGACAGCCAUUCCAUUCCAGUGUCUGUUGAAUUCCAACACAGGCACACCUCAUUCUACUGAAUUAGGUACUGAUUAGGUGGUCACCUGAACCAAAUCUUAUUUAACGAGGAAAAGUAUAAAAACCACUGCUGUGGUCAUCACUAUCCUCUUGCAAUAGGACCAGCUGGAUGGCAAAAACAGUGCUAAUAAUACCUCAAAAGUAAUGUUAAUUUAAAAAAUAACUAUUGACCAUGCCAAAAGAGUUGAAAAGGAACGUUUUGAGUGAGGAAAAGAAGGGUUCAAUUCUGGCUUUACUGGCAGAGGGAUACAGUGAGCGUCAGGUUGCUUCCAUCCUUAAAAUUUUAAAGACGGCGGUUCAUAAGAACAAGGUCAAGCAGCAGACAUUGGGGACAACAAAGCUACAGACCGGCAGAGGGUGAAAACAACACACUACUGACCGGGAUGACCGCCAACUCAUUUGAAUGUCACUCAACAACCGUAGGAUGACAUCAAGUGACCGACAAAAAGAAUGGCAAACGGCAGCUGGGGUGAAGUGCACGGCGAGUUCGAAACAGGCUCCUAGGGGCAGGGCUGAAGUCGUGCAAAGCUAGAAAAAAGCCCUUCAUCAAUGAGAAGCAAAGAAGAGCCAGGCUAAGGUUUGCAAAAUACCAUAAGGAUUGGACUGUAGAGGACUGGAGUAAGGUCAUCUUCUCUGAUGAGUCCAAUUUUCAGUUUUGCCCAACACCUGGUCGUCUAAUGGUUAGACGGAGACCUGGAGAGGCCUACAAGCCACAGUGUCUCGCACCCACUGUGAAAUUUGGUGGAGGAUCGGUGAUGAUCUGGGGGUGCUUCAGCAAGGCUGGAAUCGGGCAGAUUUGUCUUUGUGAAGGACGCAUGAAUCAAGCCAUGUACAAGGUUGUCCUGGAAGAAAACUUGCUUCCUUUUGCUCUGACAUUGUUCCCCAACUCUGAGGAUUGGUUUUUCCAGCAGGACAAUGCGCCAUGCCACACAGCCAGGUCAAUCAAGGUGUGGAUGGAGGACCACCAGAUCAAGACCCUGUCAUGGCCAGCCCAAUCUCCAGACCUGAACCCCAUUGAAAACUUCUGGAAUGUGAUCAAGAGGAAUAUGGAUGGUCACAAGCCAUCAAACAAAGCCAAGCUGCUUUAAUUUUUGUGCAAGGAGUGGCAUAAAGUCACCCAACACCAAUGUGAAAGACUGGUGGAGAGCAUGCCAAGACGCAUGAAAGCUGUGAUUGAAAAUCAGGGUUAAUCCACCAAAUAUUGAUUUCUGAACUGUUCUUAAGUUAAAACAUUAGUAUUGUGUUGUUUAAAAAUGAACAUGAACUUAUUUUCUUUGCAUUAUUCGAGGUCUGACAACACUGCAUAUUUUUUGUUAUUUUGACCAGUUGUCAUUUUCUGCAAAUAAAUGCUCUAAAUGACAAUAUUGUUAUUUGGAAUUUGGGAGAAAUGUUGUCAGUAGUUUAUAGAAUAAAACAAAAAUGUUAUUUUUACCCAAACACUUAACUAUAAAUAGUAAAACCAGAGAAACUGAUAAUUUUUCAGUGGUCUCUUACUUUUUUCCAGAGCUGUGUAUAUGUAUGUAUAUAUAUAUAUAUAUAUAUAUAUAUAUAUAUAUAUAUAUAUAUAUAUAUAUAUAUAUAUAUAUAUAUAUAUAUAUAUAUAUAUAUUUAUUGAGACCUGUGCCGAAUGGACCCGAGGACAACUAGACCCGUUCCGUAUAGACCUGGCCCGAUCCGAGUGAGGGAAGCAGCAGAAAAGUCCAUUUUUAAGAUACUUUACUAACCGGAGCUGAUAAAGCGUGAGGUAGAGGAGGUAAAGCAAGGUGGCGCUCUAGCAGGGGCCGUGCUGUGUGACUGUAGCCUAUUGCCGCUUUGAUUACUUAUGAGCAGCGGCCUCUCGUGAAAAGCAAAGAGCAGCGGCAUAAAUUAUACCAUUUCUCUCUCUCUCUACUGCAGCAGUCGCGUUCGGAUCUAUAUGGGUCCUUCCGAACAAGUCAGUUAAAAUAACACAUACCUGAGACCCGUGACAAUCAUAUCAGAUCCGACCCAGUCCCGUGACAUUAUUUAGAAUUAUGGUUCCUGACCCACUCGGGUCCCGUCUCGGGUAUUUGGGUACAGGUGGAUCCGUGAAGACCUCUAGAGACAGACAGUUGUUGGUCACAGCACAUCACCGGAAGAGCGUGUAUUAAUCCUGCUGUAGAAUUAAUUGCGGCCAACAGGUCAAACAAACGACUAAAAUGAACGAGUCACUCUAAAAAACGAGUCAUGACACUCAAGUCAGUAAAAAGAGUAGUUCAAAAAGAAUAAAUCAUUUGCAAACUGCACAUCACUAAUACUCUGGGUUAUUAAUUGAUGUGUGCACUGUAGUUAACCAAUGUAUCGUUGAUGGGAAAUUGCAUUGAUCUAACCUGUGUGUGUGUGUGUGUGUGUGUGGUUCAGGAGGGACGUUCUACACAGCAGAGACAGCGGAGCAGGCCAGACCCCACUACUUCAGCUCCUGGGCUCCCAUCCUACAUGCCACGGCCCUGUGGCUCAACAGCACUGGUUUCAUCAUGGUGGACGACGGCCCUGCCAACCUGUCCCGGCCCGUCACCCCCACCUCCAUGGGCCAGUCCACCUCCAUGGCCUCCGUCAAAUCCCCUGAGGACAUCAGCUCUGACCGACUCCACCUCAUCCUGGGUGAGAAGUAAUGGACCUAUCAAUGCCCAUGGCUUCUCUACUUACUGCCUAUGUUGGUUAUGGUAUUUCUGUUUGGGGUUACUUUACUAUGAAUAUCCUUCUUACAAAAAAUAAGCUUUUGAAGCAGAUUGUCUUUGUAGUUGGAGAUAUUGGCAAGGGGCUGUGUUUUGAUGCGUUGUGUUAUCCCUGUCUGUAGGCAUCAGUGUGGAGUUCCUGUGCUCUCCUCACUCCCAUGACCAGAUGGAGAACAUCUCCUCCUGCCUCCAGGCCCUGCAGGCCUUGCUAGAAGUCUCCUGGCCCCGGUCAAAAGUCGGCAAUGACCAGGUGUUGAGUGUGGAACUGCUGAGCGUGCUCCACAGGCUGAUAGUGACGCGGGAGGCCCCAGGGGUGCAGCUGGCUGUGCUGGAACUGGUUAGACAGGUGGUGUGUGCUGCCCAGGAGCACGUCAAGGAGAAACGCCACAGUGCUGAGGGUGAGUGUGGAGCAGGAACACUUGCCUCGUAUGUGUGAUCUAUCAAUGAAGUAACAGCAAUUUAUAAAAGUUAUAUCUCUGCCUGUGGCCCUUAGUUGUUGACGGGGAGCAUUACCAACUUUAGCACAUGUAUUCUACCACUGCAAGAUAUUUUGUUGAAACAUGUCUCUCUCUCUCAGUGGAUGACGGGGCAGCGGAGAAGGAGACGGUUCCUGAGUUUGGGGAGGGCCGGGACACCGGCGGCCUGGUUCCGGGCAGGUCUCUAGUGUUCGGGGCCCUGGAGCUGUGCCUGUGUGUGCUGGUGCGUAAACUGCCCCAGCUCAGCCCCAAGCUGGCCGGCAGCCCCAGUGGGGGCCAGGGAGGCUCCGCCUGGAGUCUGAGUGACAGUGACUGCAGACUGGUGGCGGCUGCUCUGGCCAUCCUGUCUGACCUGCCAUCCAUCUGCUCUCCUGACGGUAAGCCAAACUGGGCCUGAUAAUCAGGGCUCAAUUCCGUCUCAAUUCAACCAAGUCAGGAAGUAAACAGACAUUCCAAUUUCAAUCCCAAUAGGGGAAAUGGAAUAGGAAUUUCAGUUAACGUCCUAAAUUAAAAUAUAAUUGACCCCAGCACUGCUGCUGCUACUCUGUUAAUUAUUUAUGCAUAGUCACUUUAACUCUACCCACAUGUACAUAUUACUUCAACUAUCUCAACUAGCCGGUGCCCCCGCACAUUGACUCUGCACCGGUACCCCCCUGUAUAUAUAGCCUCCCUACUGUUAUUUUAUUUUACUUCUGCUCUUUUUUUCUCAACACUUUUUUUGUUGUUGUUUUAUUUUUAAUUUUUUUUUAAAAUAAUAAAUGCACUGUUGGUUAAGGGCUGUAAGUAAGCAUUUCACUGUAAUGUCUGCACCUGUUGUAUUCGGCGCAUGUGACCAAUAAAAUUUGAUUUGAUUUGCUAACUGCCAACAGCACAAAGAGUAGGUCAAGAUCGUGAGUAAUCGCUAAUUGAUUCAUUGAGAAUGAUUGAUUGUUAUUUGAUCAGUGGUGGUCAAAACAUGACUCACAAAUUGAAGAAUACUCAUUUGCAAAUGAAUGCGUUAAAGCCCUUUUUUUUUAAAUCAACUUGAUCUUGUUUAAAGGAUGAUCACUCAGAUGAUAGGCUGAUUCAAACAUUCCUCACUGCUUGUAUUUUCUAUGGUGCUGUGGUUAACCUGUGGUUAAUGGUUACCCUCUCUCUUCUCCCCCCAUAGGUAGUGUCUCCAUCCUGCCUACAGUAUUGUACCUGUUGAUGGGGGUGCUGAGGGAGUUGGUCCAGCAGCCCUAUGGUGGUGGGGGUAGCAGUGGGGGUGUUGGGGCUCUGGGCCUGGUGGUGCCUGCAGCCCUGCAGGCCCUGAGAGCUGUGCUCUCCUCGCCUAUGAGUCGCUCAGAGAAGAGCCGCGGGGCCUGGGCCCACCUGCUGCGCUGUGCCCUCAACACCCUGCUGGACUUCUGGGAUUCCGGUACGGAGUCAGGGACGGGACGGGGGGCCACUUCACAUAGAAAACAUAAUCACACGCACACAGUCAGUUAAGACACAGGAGGCCACUUCAUUCAGAAACCAGCCUACAGAAAAUGUCAUGGCCUUUUGGUUUGAAAGUCUACACAUACGCAAUCAGAUUUUAAGUUCCUCAAUUGCAUUCCAAGUUUAGCCUUGGGUUUAGAAAUCAAAAUGCGGUUUAGAAUGCACAAUUCAAUUAGAAGUGAAAUAAGAUUCUAACUGGAUGUAUGAUUCUCUUUGUGUUUCCGGUCUCUGUUGACAGAUAAGCCCAACCUUGCGGUGGAUGAGGUCAGUCUGUUGACAGCUCUCACCAUCUUCCUGCUGACUGCCAGUCCUGAGGUCACCACAGCCCAGACAUUGCAGACACGCUGCAUAGACAAGUUUAAAGCCAGCCUGGAGUCUAAGGACCCUGUGGUAAGUUAGCACUAAGUAGUUCAGACGUAAUACAAAACUGAGGCAAAAAGCACCUUUUUAGGACUCCUUGGUGACACACUUUGUCUUAUGAUGACUAAAAGUAUUUUAAAUAUUCAACUUUUCAAGUUACUGUUCAAAGUUCCUCAGUAUUACAUUCUCUUCAAGCAUUCAAUGUAGAGGUUCUUCCCAAUAAUUAGCAUAUGUAAAGGCUGACUCUACACCACCUCUCUACGCUUCCUCAGGUGCUCAGCAGGAGUUACCAGCUGCUGAUGUCGGUGUUCCAGAGCCAGACAGGGGUGGCGGUGCCCUUCAUCCAGGCCCUGGGGAGCUGUGUGGUGGGACACCUGCAGGGGGUGGAGAGGAGGAGACCCCAGAGCUCCAAAGAGCUCCAGGCCAUCCAGGAUGGAGUCAGGGCCCUAGAGGCUCUGGUGUUCGCUGCCGAUGAGAUGCACCGUGAGUAAGCUAGGUCAUUCGAGUGGUCAAGAUUAUUAGUCAUCUUUUUCUAGAUAGACCAUGACUAUAAAAUCUGGAUUGGGUUGAUAUUUUCCUUUUUAAUUUUUCUGUCUCUUAUGUCCCAUGAUGAUGUGUAAUAAGGUCUUACUCUGGUUGUGUUUUGACCUUUGACCUCCAGGUCCCCAGCUGGUGGCCAUUCUCCUUCCCAUCCUCAUCUCCUUUCUACUGGAUGAGAAUGCCCUGUCCUCUGCCCCCGCGCCCGCCCGCACCCUGCAUGAGUCAGCCCUGCAGGACCUGAUGCGCAUCGGCCCCCAGCACUCGUCCGUCUUCAAGGCCCUCAUGGCCUCUUCACCCCACAUGAAAGCCAGGCUGGAGGCUGCUGUAAAGGGCAACCAGGAGAGUGUCAACGCCAAGGCCACACAACUUCAAGUACCGAGCAAGACCUCGCCCAGCAUUCAACUCAAGACCAGUUUUCUGUGAGCCUUUAUAUACUGAAAUGAAUGCUUAGUUAUCGUGAGCGGACAAGAAACAGAAACACGUUAUAUUAUAGUGCAUACUGUCACUUUAUCAUAGUAGCAUACUUACCGCAUUAAGAUUUUAAUAAUCACUAGGCACAGAUCAAGGACAGUGCAGUAUUUCAUCAUUUUAGUUUGGCAGGCAGUCAAAAUAAGUUUUGGACAUUAAGUUUAAUUUCAUGGUACAAUAGGUGUUCAUUUUAACUGUUUAACCUCUAUGAGGGAAUGACGACAGAGUAAAGACAAUGUCAUCAUCGGACACAGGUUCCUAACCAGGGAGCUCAAAUGCUGCUGGUAGGUCUACAGAAAGCAAAGGUCUGGGGUUGGAGUCUAUCCCAUCUGGGGUCUAUUCAUUAGUGCAAAGUGUAGCAAAACGUUUUGCAACAGA